CAUCUUUUCAGGUGAAUGCGAUGCACAUAAAUCUGUCAAGUGGCUCUCUCAUCCCUUUCAUGCAGCAACACAGGCCUCCUAUAGCUACAUACAUACAUCGCCGGUGCCCUCCGCAUUUGAGUCAAUCAGUGGCUAGUCGUUGCUCGGCUCGGCCCUUCGGGCCUCGCCUUCGCCACACAUAUACAUCGAUGGAGCCGAGUGCAAGUAGCUACACACAUCGCAUGACCAGAACUUUCACGGCCUUUCGCACAGGCAAUAGAGAAAUACAAGCAACAACCUCUGCGAUUCCUUGGUACUGUAUGUCAAAUGUAAGUGCCUGGAACAGGGUGUUGCUGGCACUCAGUCAUCAUCUUCUUCGUCGAGGGUGGUGAUGUUCUGCAGCGCCUCUCGAUGACACCUCAACCGUUGGUGUAUCUGCUCCACACGGUCGUUGAGCGUGUUGAACGACUCCAACCGACGGGCCUCCUGUGUCAUCAAGGACCUGAAAGAGACACACAAGACAAAGACGGUGUCUCCAGUGACUCGACAUCAAGGCGGCAGCUCACUCGAGCGCCCGUGCGUGUCGUCGAAUGCCCUCCGGUUCGUCCCCCUCCCUCAGACGAGCAAGUCUUAGCGCAGGGGGAGGCGGCGGAGGCGUGUGAGACCGACGCGGCUGGGGCACACAGGUGGACUUAGGCCGACAGGGCGGCGGCUCCCAAUGUGGCGCAGGGUUCGUCACGCUGGGAGGUGGGGCGGCCAGAUUCGGUGGCGACAUGUUCUGUUCUGUCCUGGCGUCGUUGCGCCAGCGAGUGCCGCUGCCGUACAGACGCGUGUCUCGCUCGCCUGGCUGGCCCCGAAAAGUGGUCGAUGUCGACUCGACCUGAUCAAACUGAUAAGACGAAUGGGAAAGACUGUAUGUGACGCUCCCACUUGCACUUCGCGACUGUUUCCUUACCUGUUCUCGGACGUUUCGGCGGAGGUCUUUCUGUGCUCGUUCCAUGCGACCCUGUCUCUGCAACUGCCAGUCGCGUUCACAUGGUUGUGGGACGGUCACUUGACACCGCCUGUAACAGCACAUCAAGGCAGAGCAUGUCGCUUUCGUGUAUCGUUCAAAGGGUGCUCACCUUGCUUUGCAUAUUUCGCUUUUGAGGAACGAAAACUCCGAGUUCAUCUUGUCGAGGUCAGCCCUGACCUGCUCCCUCUGCUUCAGGGUCCGCCGAAGCGCCUCGUCCAGCUCCGAGACGGCUGACGCAUACUUGUGCACUUUUGCGUCCGUCUGCUGUCGCUCGGGAGGCGCCUCUGCCGCAGGCAGAAGGGCCGCUGCCUCUGAGCCCCGCCCUUUCCCCUCUGUCUGCUCUUUCAGCUUGUUGACGCACAGCAGGGCUCCAUGCAGGUCUUUGUUCGUCUGAUCCACCAACUCCUGGGCCUCCCGCAGGCACCCAUUCAGCCGAUCAGUGACCUCCUGCAGCUCGCUGCCGCCCAUCGUCUGCUGCCCUUUGGUCUUCAUACGGUUGAGCACUGAUGUCUGCAUCUCCUGCAGAAGCCGAGACAGAUGCUGCUGGUCCGAGGCAUGGCCACGCAGCCGAUUUCUGAGAAUGUCGGCCAGACGAUCAGCCUCAGUGAUGCCGUGUUUCAGGCGCUGAGCUUCGUCGUCCGAGAUUGCUGCUUGAGGGCUGCCGAGGCAAUCCAGCGCCUUGCUCAUCCGCUCAAAUAGUUCGGCGCCUGCCUGUUUAGCAUCCUCCAUUUCCCGCCGCGCCUCGCUGAGAGCGCUCCGGUGGUUCUUGAGCACACUGCGGACUUCCCUCAGACGUACCUCACCAUCUUGAGAAACAAGCAAAUAGAUGCAAUUUUAAUUCCAUGCUCAUCGUAUCAGUAGAAGAUUUGUUUCACCUUGAAUGGCGACUGCCUCCCCGACGGGUGUGCCUUUGUCCUUCUCAAGCUGUGCAAGCUUGUCAGACAAGACAUCCCUCUCAUGAGCAAUCGCCUCCAUGCCCUCCUCGGCCUUGCGCAGAGCCUCAGUGGCGCUCUUUACCUCCUUGGUGAGCUCCUCAAUCGUGUCAGCGGCAUCCUUGUGCUGCCCGGCCAAGCGGUCCCUCUCCUCUUCGGCCUGAUGAAGAGCCCUUUCUGCCGCAGCGACGCCCUCAGCCUGCUUGUGGAGCUUCUCUGUCAUCUCCGCAAGGGUGACGGCAUUUUGUGCGUCCUGACUGAGAAGCUCUUCUUGUCUUUCCUUGGCCGCACGUGCCUCCUCUCUUGCUUCCUCCAGUGCGGCCGUCUCUCCCUCCAGCUGUGCCUUGAGGCUGGCCAUCUUGGAUGAUGUCUCGAUGUCCUUGGCCUCCACUUCAGCCUUCUCUCGCCUCAUUUGGUCAAGCUUAGCCCGAGCCGACUCCAGUGCACUUGUCUCGUGCUCCAGCCUCUCGGCCAGCUGGUUGCGAUCGCGCUGCAGGUCGUCCUUCGCCUUUCUUGCGGCUUCUGCGGCUUUUCGUUCGCUGCCCAGCUGCUCAGAGAGGGUCGUCAGCCGGUUGGCGGAGUCUUGAUAUUGCUGCUCCAGACGAGGAAUCUCGGCGCUCUGUGCCUCGAGGCGAUGAUUGGCGGACUCCAAGCGCCUGAUUUUGUCGCGUUCUUCGUCAAGACAUGCUUUCUGCUUGUGCAUGGUGGCGGUGAGGGACGCCACUGCUCGCUCCUUCUCCCUCUCCGCGUCCAGCUUGGCUUCGUUGGCCUCUUGCAUUGCCUUCUUGGCCGCCAGCACCUCGUCGGCCUGCUUGCGGAGGUUCUCGCUGAGGGUCGACACCGACUGGGCCAAGCUGUUUCGUUUGGCAGCCUGGGUGUCGCUGUCGUCCCUCAGGCGCUUGAGCUCACGCUGGGCGGCGGCCAGGUCAGCCUUUGCCUUCUCUGCUUCUUCCGACAGUGUUGCCGUCUUGGCCAUGGCCUCGUGCUGACGCUCCUUCCAGAACCCCGCCUCACGCUGAGCCUCGGUGAGGUCGUCUGUCUUGGCCGCGAGAGCCGAUGUCUCCCUUGCCAGCAGCGCCUCUAGUCGCGUUACUUUCUCAAGAAUCUCUUGCUGGGUCGACUCGAGCGCGACGCACUCCUCUUCGGCCUUUUCCGCUCUCUGAGUCGCCUCCGUGAGGGCAAUCGAUCCUCGUCGAAGCUCUUGCGCAAGCCGUCCUGAUUGUUCCUCAAGAUCGUCUUUCUCUUUCUGUAGCUCCUCGAGGUAUCGCUGGCCCGACUCUGCUGCUUCCUGGGCAAUCUGGAGCUCUUUCUCGAGGCGCUCUUCUUCGCUGACUGCCUUGGUGUUCUCUGUCCGCAAUUUCUCGACCUCGGCUUGUGUCUCGUCCUUGGUAGCCUCCAAUCUGCUGUUGAGCUGGGCCACCUCAUGUUCCAGGUGCUCGAUGCGCUGCCGCGCUUCAUUGAGCGCCGUGGUUCCCUUGGCAAGAGUCUCAUUCAGGUCCUCCACUGUAGCCUCCGCUUCUGCUUUUUCUUUCUCGAGUCGCUCUAUCUUGUCUCGUGCCUCGGUGAGUGCCGCCGUUCCCUCCUCGAGGCGACGGUUGUACUCCUCAUCGGCCGACGCGAGCGCUGCGCUGCCCUCGGUCAGCUUCUGCUUGAGGUCAGAUAUCGUCUCGGACAUGCCCUGGCUGGACUCCUUCAGUGCAGCCUCGCUGGCCCUGAGCUUCUCCAUCUCCUCCACGGCGGCGGCCUGGGCGGCGGACUCUUUCUCAAGGGCACUUUCGAGCUCUUUAGCACGCGCCAGCACCUCAUCAUGACUCUUUGCAGCCUCCUGUCGCUGGUGCUCUAGACCCUCGAUAGUCUUCUUGGCCUCCUCAAGUGCUGUGGUCUUCUCUCGCAGCUCCUCUUGCAAGGCAGCGAGACUCGCGGAGGCCUGCUGGGAGCUUUCCUUCAACUGGGUCUCCAGCGUUGCGAUCCGUCCCUGAGCGGUAGCUAACUCCUUUGACUCUUCCUCCAGCUCUGCAACCACCGUUUCCAGCUUCUCUGUGAGCGUUUGCACUGAUCGCUCCGUGUCUCCCUCGCGUUUCUCAAGGGCCUCCUUGAUCUUGUUGAGGCUCUCCAGCUGGUCACGCACAGAGGCCAGCGCAGAGGCGUCCUCCAGCCCUUUCUCGGUAAGCGCGGCGAUCUCGUCUUUGAGGGACUUCUGCUCCCUCUCCAGCCGAUUGUUUUCCUCCCGUGAGGCCUGCAGGUCCUGCAGCGCUUUGGAGAGGCUGCCCUCGCCCGUGGUGGAACGCUGCAAGUACAGACACACAAACGGAUGCAAUUGGACGGAUGCGUACAUCUGCGCACCUCUUCGAGACUCUUGACAGCGGCGGUUGCCAAUUCUAGCGCUUGCUUGGUCCUUUCCUGCUCAUCGAGAGCCUCUGCCAGUUUCUCACGGGUUUCCGUCAGCGUCUCAUCCACCUCAGCUUUCUCUCUCUCGAGUCUGUCCACCAUGGCCCCGACCUCAGCCCUUUCCCUUUCGAGCCCAUCCAGCGUGACAUCCGCCUCCGCCUUUUCUUUCUCUAGCCUCUCUAUCUUGUCUCGUGCCUCGGUGAGUGCCGCCGCUCCCUCCUCGAGGCGACGGUUGUACUCCUCAUCGGCCGACGCGAGCGCUGCGCUGCCCUCGGCCAGCUUCUGCUUGAGGUCAGAUAUCUCGCUCGUCAUCUGCUCAUUUGACUCUGUCAAUGCCUCCUCGCUUGUUCGCAACCUCUCCAUCUCCUCGAUAGCGGUGCUGAGGGCGGCGGACUCCUUCUCAAGGGCAGUCUCGAGCUCUUUUGUACGCGCCAGCACCUUCUUAUGAUCCCUGGCUGCCUCCUGCCGCUGGUGCUCCAGACCCUCGAUAGUCUUCUUGGCCUCUGCUUCAAAGCUGCGAGCGGAAGCCUCUUGUGUCCGGAGUCUGUCGAUGAGCGCCCGCUUCUCUUCAUCGAAUUGUCGCUGCAUCACAUGCCUCACAAGCUGCCCGACCGUGCGGAUAGCCGUCGUCUCAGUGAUCCAGCGGGUAUUCUGCGUCUCCAUCUCACUCUUCAAUGCGGCGAUGCUUUCAUUGGCCUCUUCAAGCUGUUCUUCGCAUCGAGUCACCUCCGCCCGGAGCCUCUGGACUUCUUCUUUGGCGUUUCGGAAUGUGCCGUCAGGCAGCGAUCGCACCGAGCGCGCCGACACUGGUGUUGCCGCGCCACCUUCCCAGUCGCCCGAGUUGCCUCCAUAGAUGCUUCCCAGCUCAGCCUCCUCAAGUUUCUGCGUCAGUGCGCGGCUCACAGCGGCACUCACGGCCUUGCUGGCCUCCAUCCGCCUCUUUGCGUCAUCGAGCUGUUUCAGGUAGUCUUGCUGCUGAGCGUAGAGGUUGUGUCGGAGGAUGCUGAGGGCUUCCUGUGCGUCGAGGAGGGUCGAUUCCAUGAUGGCGCUGUCUCGCUGCAAAUCUGCGAUGUACUUGUUUAGCUGCUCAUUCUCCACGUUGAGCUCGACGACUUGCGCAGCUUGGCGUCGCAUGAGGAAGGUGUUCGCCUUCAACAAGCCGUGCUGGACAGCGCUCGCGACCACGCGGGCUGCCUCUGCCUUGAUCCUGUUGUUAUCAAGGUCUUUCUGCAAUCGGCGAUGCUCCUCGGGGUCCACCUCAGGCUCUUUGGAUUUCUCCCUCUCAAGGAUCGUCUCCAGACGCUGAGAUUCAGCAAUGGCAUACAGCUUCGCCAGCGUCAGUUUUGCCGCAAAGAUGGCCGUGUCUCUGCCUUGCUGAUCCGAGGUCUCCUGCAGGAGGGCCAAGGCGGCAUGGGCAUCUCUCGCCUGCUUGCUUGCCGUGGCUGCGAAGGCUUGGAUGGUCUCGGCGUCUCCUUUCAUCUUCUCGAUCUCUUUGACGAGGGUUUCGAUGUUGUCUCGCAGUUCCUGGACCAUUUUCCUCUCAGCAGCCUGCUCGAGCCGCUUGUGGCCCAAUAGGUCGACCGCUCUCUGCAGCUCCUCCAGAAGGCGCUGCUCCUUGCCUUUGUGCGUCAGGAUGUCGUCUUUCAGAUGCUGGAUCUGGUUUUCGAGGUGCUGGUUGGCCUCGCCGACACCCCAGAUGUUCUCGAUCGCUUUGAAGAGGCCCUUUGUGCGUGUCUCCAUCUCUUGGCGAAGUCGCCGCAGCUCUGGGUCUUCUUCGUGAUCAACUGGAAGCGAAGAGUUUGUGGGGUUGUCAGUAGGGUUGUCCAUCACCACCAUGACAUUUCUCUCCAGCUCCUUCUCCUCCGCCGCCCUCAGCUCUUCCGAGAUACCGAAGAGAGCUGCCAGCGCAUCCUCGAAGGUCGGAGGCUUUUUGUCGUCUGUGUCCUGUCUUUCAGCUGGCUUGACGCUCUGCAGCAUGUUUUUUAUCUCCGCGAAAUGGUCUUCGCCGUGUCUCUUGGCGAGCUCCUGGAAGAUCGAGCGGAUGGCAGCUGACUGGACAAAGGCUCGGGCGUAGGCGGCGGCAUUCAGUCGGCGAUUCUCCUCAGUUAGGUCGCGGCACAUGUUGCGCCAGUACCGGCGCAGCACUUCGAGGAAUCUCCCGCGAUGCGUUUUGGCCUUGUUCAGCCUUUCCAGGUUAUCAGCUCUGCAGAGGCACACACCCGACUCAAAACGAGCGUCUACCACGGUCCAUUCUCUGCCUACUUACUUGUCGAUCAGGGUUUGCAAGGUGCCAUCCUUCUCCGUCAAGGCCCGGGACCACGCCUCUAUUUGUCUGUCGGCCUCAGAGAGGGCGUCCUCCUUUGCCAUGUAAAGCCGCUCGAGCUCGUCUCGGUCCAUUACCGCCUGGUUGAAGUCAGCCAUGCUGACUCGCUUAGAUUCUCGGCGAAUAAACUCCUGGAUCUUCUGCUCCUUGACCUCAACAAUGCCGCGCAGCCUGAUGACGCAAGUCAAUAUCUCAUGUACUUGAUGCGUCCCGUACAGAGGAUGGCCUUCACCUUUCAAGUUCAUCUCGUAAUCUGUUGAGUUCGUCUAGUGUUGCAAACUGGAGCUGCGCUUCGAGCGAUGAGUCGUACCCACCGCCCUGUCUUAACCGUAGCUGCUCGAGCUAACACACACACACAGGAUCGAAGACAGUCACGCAGAUUGAGAAAUGAAAGUUUCUGUUGCACCUCUUCUUCUAUCUGUUUGCGGCGCUGCUCCGAGUGCUCCUGCAGAGACAAGACGAGAUAUGGUGGCUGCCCGUCUUUCCUUUCUACUUGUGGCGAAUCAUGCCCGACCCAGAGAUUGCGUGUGUCACUGAGGGCAGAUUUUGCGUCAUCCUGCGCCAUCGUGAGCUCGUCUGAACACAGACACAAUCUUGUAUGUUCAGUGAACUUCGAUCUGCCGCGUUGACUGACUUACGCAGUUUCUUGUUUGCCCUCCGUGCCCUGAACCGCUCGACAAUUCUCAUGAAGGCAUUGACCUGAUUCAGCCGCUUCACCUGACGUAAGCAAAACACACGUAUUCACACCCACUCAAGCCUCCUGCCAAUCGACCGAUUUUCCUGCCUUGUCAUAGUUGGUUUUCAGCCUAUUGACGGUCAGCUCCUUUUCGUCCAGCCGUGACAGCAGCUGCUCCUCUUGGUGGCCUGAUGAAUGAUUCACACGAAGGAACAUACCUGUGCAGGCAGCACGAAUCGUGUCUCACUCAAGCCGCCUUCCUACCAAAAAGGUCCUCGUAAUCGAUCCGCCUCAUCUCAUCGCUGCUCGUGCCGGCACGCGAGAAACCACCGCUGCUCGCAACGCGCAAAGAGCCUGACAGGAGACACGACAUCUCCGCUCACCCACAUGCUGACCAGCCAGCGGCGUGUGUGAGUCAUGUGUACGUCCGCUCUUGGGUCGAUUUUUGGAGAAGAGUUCCUCUUCAAGCUCCUGGACACGACCGCUCAGACUCGUGAUCUGGUCCUCCGCCUCGGAUUGCUGGCCGCGCAGAGAGACAAGAGCCAGUGACAUUGUUCUGUGGUCGACGCAAAGACUGAGCUUUUACGUUGACUUGCAGGGUCCCAACUUUGGUCUCCGUUUCGGCGAGCGCCUUUUCCACUUCGACAAGGUCGUCCCGCAGCACCUCAUUCUCCCGCUCUGUCUCAAAGAGCUCCUCGUAAAUCUCCUCGUUCUCCGCCACGAGGGACUCCAUCUUCUGCUGCAGCUUCUGGGCACCCUGGAAACACAAGUAAAGGCAUCAGCGAAAGGAAAGUGGAGCAAGUGAGUCAGCGUACCUGGAUGAGGAGGUCAUUCUCUUUGAUGAGGUCUUUGUUUUCCUUCUCCAGCUGCAGCAUCCUAUUCUCGAAGUCAAGGUUGGUCUCCUUCAGCAGCGCAUGCCUGCCAGCACAAAGGAAGACCCGACCGAUCGGUGAGCUCGCUCUGAUACAUGGACACAUACCUCCUCUUUGUGGUGUGGCUGAGGCCCGAUCUGAGCCUCUGGAGCUUCUUGUGCAGUUUCUUCUUUGUGCUCUCCGACAGCCCGCCAGUGGUCUGGGCGAACCUGGCCAUGGAUGCAGCCAUCGAGGGAGACACCCGGCUGAGCCGCCGGCCGUGAUCGCCGAAGAGCCCAGCUUCCGAAUGGAAUGAGCAGUGGGACUCCUGAUAUGACAGGCCUCCCUGCCACGUGGGUGAGGCCUGACCCGACUGGUCGCUGCGAUGCGACACAGGUGACAGCUGAUCGGACACCUGGCUCAGCAGACGAGAUGGACCCCGCGAGACAGUCCUCCCACGGUCAGCCCCAUCCGCCAUCGGCGAGGUCCCCGUGCUCUCGGGGAUCGUCUCAAUCGGCGCUGUGGUCGUGAUCUCCAUUAGGCCGGGCAACCUUGACUGUCUGCGCGACCCUCUGCUCGGUGACCGGCGCAUGACACCCCCAAAGGCCUCCGAUAGAGUCAGGCCCUCAGGUUCAACAUGUGGCGUUUUGAUGGACAUCCGGCGAGCGGCAAUGCUGAUGAAUGGCUGAGGGCCUGCAUAGCCAUCGGCCCCUUCAGGCGGAGGAGCCACAGACAGCCGACGUGCCCUUGCCCUCGCAGCCGAAAGGGGCGUAAUUCCAGGUUCCUCCGUCGUCGGCACAGCUGCUGUCUCGCCCCCUUCCUGACUGAUCCGUCUCAUCACGGCCAUCGACACCCGCCGCGCCCGCAUACGGGCCAUGGACAAGGCGUCGCUGGGCUGGUCCUCUCUGCCAGCCGUCUCAUUAUCUCCCUCUUGGCUCGGAGUCACCCUUCGCAUGACAGACGUCCGCCUCACCACACUUGGAGAUGCGCCCAGGCCGCCUGCAGUUGGAGACUCUUCCAGCAGAUGGGGCGCCAGCGACGUGCGGCGAGAGGGAGAGAUCCUGGUCUGCGUCUCGGCUUGCUGGGCCAUCAGCCCUUGGAAGAAAUCGACGGCCAUCGACACGCGCCUGCCCGUGUCGCGAGCCGGUGAGACAGGCAGGUGUUGUGAGGGAGAGGGCUCGGUGACUGGCUCCGUGACGGUCACAGCCGUAUGCGUGGGGGAGGUGUCCUGCCCCUCCUCCUCGAGUGUUGUGGAAAGCUGCUGGGGCGGGCGGGACUUGGACGUGUCGCUUUGAAGGCUGGCAGCGCUGCCCCCGGCCGACUCCCGGAAGCGCACGCUUCUGCUUUUGCCCAUUUCAUGCCUUCUCCUUCGCGCGGCCUUGCUACCAGCUCCCUUGGCUGUGAGGUAGUGUUGAGACGGCCCCGAGAUGCUGCCGGUGCUGACAGCGAUGAGGACACGCGUGUCCUCCUCCCCCUCCUCGGCCGAAGAGAUCUUGACGUCAGAGACGUCCUCCCAGUCACUCGAAUGAUCAGAGUCCGUCUCCAUUGCACUAUGGUGCGCUACCUGAUCAUGUGACACAGGGGGAAUAGUUGUCUUCCGUCUCGGAGCCCCAUGUACUCACCUUCGCUUAUCUGCCGCUUCUGCGGCCCUUCAUGUCCGUGGGUUUGCUUGAUAGUUCGCUCCUUGUACUCAUCACACUCGAGAUUCGAC